AUGGAAGAACACACCAUAAUAAUUGACAGUCACUUGUCAGAGUCCAGACCUGCUACAGCAGAAAUCCAGGAGAUUGCUGGCAAGAUCAGACCACAGCUCGAAGAGAAAUCCAAUGAGAAAUAUGAAAAAUUUGAAGCUGUUGUGUAUAAACUUCAAGUCCUCAUCGAUGGGAAAAAUUACUUCAUUAAGAUAACUUUUAUGGAUGUAGGGAGUGGUUGUUACUUCCACAUAAAAGUCUUCAGUGAUAUUUCAAAUGAAAAUGAUUUGGAACUUAGAGGUUAUGAGACUAACAAAACUAAGAAUGAUGAGCUGACCUACUUCAUAUUCAUCCUGUCCAGCAAAGAAGCAACUCACCAGAAUGAUGUCCAGAGGCUUGUCCGGGCCAGACCUGCCCCACAAGACAUCCAGGAGAUCGCUGACAAGAUGAGUCAAUGUGCUUCAGGAAAAAGCGUGAUGUCAAACUAA